AUGGAUAUUCAGCUGGGAAUCAGGGUGCGCGACGGGGUGCUUCUGGCGACGUCGAACGCGGUGACGCGCGGGAUCUCCGUGCUGAAGGACGACGACGACAAGACAAGGCGGCUGGCCAAAGGUGUCGUGAUGAGUUACUCCGGAGAGGCGGGGGACACCGUGCAGUUUGCAGAGUAUGUGCAAGCAAACGUUCAAUUGUACGCGAUGCGCGAGGGGGCGGACUUGUCCCCCUCCGCGAUCGCACACUUCGUCCGCCUCGAGCUCGCCAAGUCGCUCCGCUCGAGGAAACCGUACCAGGUGAACGUCCUAUUGGGGGGUGCCAGUGCCCAGGGAAGUGGUACCACGGCAAGCACACCACACCUGUACCAGAUUGAUUACUUGGGGACGCUCGUGGAACUGCCCUACGCGGCACACGGGUACGCUGCCUUCUACACGUUCUCGCUGCUGGACAGACACUACCGCGAGGGCAUGACCCGCGAAGAGGGCUGGGAACUGCUCCAGCUGUGUGUCGACGAACUCAAGAGACGUAUACCCAUGGACUUCAAGGGCAUCACCGUCAAAACCGUCUCUGCGGACGGCGUCGUCUCCGCGCAGAUGCAGUGA